AUCACAAUCCACACCCGUCUUCACCACACAUUACGCAUCCUCGUCUCCGUACCCCACUUUCCAAAACCAACUCAGGCGAACAGAACUGUCAGUCUCAUCGUCGUCUUCCGUUCUUCGUGUUUCUGUCAAAGAAUACUCUCAGAUCAGACAGAAUAAGGGAUGGGAUCUGGAACUGGAAGCUUCCUCAAGGUUGUGGCCAAGAACUUCGAUGUUCUUGCAGGGCCAGUGGUUAGUCUUGUUUUUCCUCUGUAUGCCUCAGUUAAGGCAAUUGAGUCCAAGUCUCCGGAAGACGAUAGGCAAUGGCUUACUUACUGGAUCCUUUAUUCUAUGAUCACUCUCUUUGAGCUUACUUUUGCCAAACUAAUUGAAUGGAUCCCUUUCUGGUCUUAUGCAAAGCUGAUAGCAACCUGCUGGUUGGUCAUACCAUACUUCAGUGGUGCUGCAUAUGUUUACGAGCAUUUCGUAAGGCCAUUCUUUCUUAACCCACAGACUGUUAACUAUCUUAACCCACGGACUGUUAACAUCCGGUAUAUCUGGAGGAAGAAGGACACCUUCAGCAAGCGGGAUGACAUUCUAACUGCUGCACAGAAAUACAUCGAUGAAAAUGGCCCUGAAGCACUUGAGAAACUCAUCAAUAAGGGUGAUCGGGAACCUGGGUCUGGGAGCAGCCAUUACACUUUCUACGACCAGGUCUACAGAUAUUGAGUCGAGAAGUUUGGUCCCUUCUGUUUUGGUUGGGAGUAAUCUUCUUCGUGAUUUAUGCGUUGUUUACAUUUUGUUAUCUGGAUUAGUGCGUCUUUUGUGAUUACAUGUAAUUAUGGCUACUUGUCUUUGCACUUUCUAAUGGAUAGGUAGCUUUUCCAUCUACUACAUUACACUUGAUCUUCACUAGUUGAAAGCAUUAAAACUGUUGAUUAUGCA